CCGAAGAAGUUACACUCCCUUAUUAAAUAUUUUUUAAAUUAUUUAACAAAUAAUUUUUUCACUCUAGAAUUUUAUAAAAAGUGUGAGGUAAUUUAAAAAAAGUACGAAGUAAAUUAAAAACUCGGUAAUUAAAAUUCUACAAAGUCACGAUCAUAAAUUAAAAAACAAUUAUAACUAUUGCUAAUUGCAACGUUAUCUAAAAAUUUAUAAUGGAAUUAAUAUUAUUGUUAUUAUCAUUAAUAAUACUUAUAAUUGCGGUAAAAAAACUAGUGAUUUAUCAUUACAAAAGAUUAGAUUUAUAUAGAGCUGGUAAUAAAAUACCAGGACCACCGACACUACCAAUUAUCGGGAACGCUCAUCAUUUUUUUGGCGAAGCCGAGGAUAUUGUUAAUAAAGUUAUGUUAUUAUUGGAUAAUUAUCCAUCGUCACCAGCGCGAGCUUGGCUUGGACAUAAAUUAUGUGUUGUUUUAUUUGAUCCCGAACAACUGAAGAUAGUUUUUCAUAGUCCAAAAACCAUUGAGAAGGAUGAAAUGUUCAGGUUUUUUCGUCCUUGGUUGGGAACAGGAUUAUUUACAGCACCAGCUGAUAAAUGGAAAGUACAUCGUAAAUUAAUAAUGCCAACAUUCCAUCCAAGAAUACUUGAAUCAUUUGUCGACAUAAUGGAUAAAAAGUCCGAGAUUAUGGUAAAAGUAAUGGAAGUUGAACUGAAUAAAGAUGAAUUCGAUAUAUUUACGUACAUAUCACUUUGUACUCUCGACAUAAUUUGCGAAACAGCCAUGGGAGUUACUUCGAAUACACAAACAACAAAAGAUACGAGUUACUUAGAAGCUUUGCAAAAAGUAAAGGAAAUAGUGUACAGAAGAAUGUUCACAAUAUGGCUGUACCCAGACAUUAUUUUUAAUUUAACAAAAUUUUCAAGAGACCAAGACAAGUAUAUUAAAUAUUUACAUAAACAGACAAAUGAUGUCAUAAAGCAAAAGCGUCAGCAGUAUUCAAAAGAAAUAAAUUAUGAAAAUAACCCGGGAGAUACAUCCCAAGUACAAAGAAAAGCUUUUCUUGAUUUACUAAUUGAAUUAUCAAACCAAGGAAGUGAAUUAACGAAUGAAGAACUUCGCGAAGAAGUUGAUACAAUAAUGUUUGGUGGUAAUGAUACAACCGCGACAGUUAAUUCCUUUGUGAUAUACAUGCUUGCUAACUUUCCAGAAAUACAAGAUAAAUGUUAUGAAGAACUCGUAGAAAUAUACGGGGACAAUAUAAAUGAAAGAAGAGAAAUAAAAAAUGAAGAUCUGAGCCGUAUGGAAUAUUUAGAGAGAGUAAUUAAAGAAACAAUGCGGUUAUUUCCCGUCGGACCACUUUCCAUCCGUCAUGUGAGCGAUGAUUUAAAUAUUGGCGGUGGAUAUACACUACCAAAAAGUACUACUGUAGUUUUAGCCACAAUAAAACUUCAUCGGCAUGCAGAUAUCUGGGAGGAUCCUCUGCGCUUUAAUCCUGAUCGGUUUUUGCCCGAGCAAGUCGCAAAACGACACCCAUACGCUUACGUUCCUUUCGCCGCUGGCUCUCGUAACUGCAUCGGCAUGAAAUACGCGAUGAUCAGUAUGAAAAUACUCCUUGCUACCCUUUUGCGCAAUUAUAUAUUCAUGAAAGACAAACAUGUUAAAAUUGAAGACAUUAAAAUUAAAGCAGACGUUACAAUAAAAACUUUUGAUCCCAUUUCUGUAAAAAUUAAACGGAGAUAAAAAAUUUCCGUGUAAUAAAAUAUUAUAAUUUCUUUUAUUAAAUUGUUAAUAAAAUAUAAAAAUUUUAAGUAUUACUUCAACAUAUGUUUAAAAAUACGUGCAUUAAUAUAAAGCUGUUUUUAGUUGAUUUCUAUUACUAUUAUUGCAAUAAUGAUAUUGAUAACAAUUAAUAAAUAAAUAAUUACAUAAUUUACUCAACAAGAUAAGGGCUAUCGAGUCCACCAGCACCAGCAAUAAUACCGCCUUCAUCCUCACCAAAUGGUUUUGUUCGUAACACAUGACCCACUUCUUUAUUUAAUUUUAUAUUAUUUUGGUCUCUGUAAUUAAACAAUAAAUAAAUUUAUAAUAAAUUAACUAACCAGUGUAAAAAAAAAAGUAUUUUUUCAAACUAUAAAAAAUUUUAAAAACAAAAAUAA